AUGGAGGUUCUCUCCCCCCGGUCAGCGAACAUCCCAAUGCCUCCUCCGAGGGCUAUGAAAAAGCCUAAGCCGGACUUGAAGCCAAGGUCGGAGGAGAAGCCUACGAACCCAGAUCGUAUCGACGACAAAUGGCGGCCGCCCGUGACCAUCACCGAGCCGGGCUCUUCGCCAGAGACGUACGCGAUGGGUAGGAAGCUGGGUAAAGGAGGGUUUGCUGUCUGUUUCGAAGGAAGAUCUAGAAAAACAGCCGAGAUAUUUGCUCUCAAGGUGGUCAAGGCAAAGGUCGAACAGAGGAAGAUGAUGGAGAAAUUCCGUACCGAGCUACAAAUCCACGCCAAAAUGCAUCAUCCGAACAUUGUGGAAUUCCUCCGAGCCUUCACCAUUGGCGACCACACAUACGUCGUGCUCGAGUUGUGUCCCAAUGGGAGUCUGACGGAGAUGGUGAAGGUACGCACCUGCUUGAGUCUACCAGAGGUUCGACGAUUCAUGAUCCAAAUCUGUGGAGGGGUGAAGUACAUGCAUAAGCGAUCCGUGAUACACCGGGAUCUGAAAAUGGGCAAUAUUUUCUUAGAUUCACGCAUGAAUAUCAAGAUUGGCGACUUCGGGCUGGCUGCUGUCAUGGCAGACGAACAAGACCGAAGAACCACUCUAUGUGGGACGCCAAACUAUAUUGCCCCGGAGAUUUUGAGCAAGUCUGGCACCCGAGGACAUGACAACAAGGUCGACACAUGGGCGGUAGGAGUUAUCUGCUAUGCCAUGCUUAUGGGUGCUCCUCCGUUUCAGUCCAAGACGCAACAGGAAAUCUAUUCCAAGUUGAGGACGCUGGAGUACGAGUGGAAAAUCGACAGCAAGAAUUACAUUCCUCAGCAAGCCAAGGACUUUGUCGCCUCUUGUUUGAAUCUGAACUCGGCGGAGAGACCGGAGAUGGAUGAUCUUGUGGAACACGAAUUCUUCACAAUGGGGGCUAUUGCCGACGAGCUGGACACGUCAACACUGAAGAUGACGCCUUUGUGGCUUGAGAACGCAGAUCCGAGAGGCGACAGGGUAAGAUCCGGCUACGGAAUCGGCCACAAUCGGAUAUGUCGAGAAUGUGGUGUCGGGACAGGCUCUGACGGACGUCCUCGCGCCGGAGUUGGUGUUGGAGCGAACAUAUCUGCUUUGCUGGAAAUCGAGGCCGAGAAUCGAGAAGGGUGUGCCCCAGUCAUUCCUCUGCCGGCAGGAGUGCUGUACAAACAGUUUUCAGAUGCGCAUGCCGAAUGGGUUGCGCGUCAAAAACAUCCACUACUGCCCACACGAGUCCGGAGCCGGAAGCCAGUCGUGGAGAAAGGAGAACCAUCGCCGCCUAUGAACGAGGCCCAAACAGGAGACGAGCAACGGCUCACGGCUGCUUCCAAGGCCUCAGUAGCUCCAGCUGGAAUGAAUUCGCGUCGAUUUCAGAGCUUCGCCGCUCAGCAACGACAGCAGGCCCUACCGGUGGGACUGUCUAGAAAAACAGAAAGAAUCCAGGAUGAUAUGCAAAAGCCCAGUGAGCCCAAGCAUGUCGACCAUCCUGGGCAAGCGCUUUUGAGAGAACGACCUGUCAGAGCAGCCACCAUUCGGGCGACUAGAAGCACCACUUUGCGGGAGACAGGCUCUCAGAAGUCCAGGACUCUGCCUAGAUCCAACACCAUGCCGGACGCUAUCGAUGGGCUUGCGAGACAAAUUGAAGGAAGUCUUGAGCGGUCCGAAUCGCGAAAAUCCAAAGAGACAACCGUGUCCAGCAAUCGAAGUGCAGGGGACAUGAUGAACAAAAAGCCAGUACGAUCAGGUAUAGUGGCAGACAAUGCAACCACACGGCCACCAUCUUCCUCAUCUAUAUCCUCUACAUCGUCCGGAGAAGUUUCUGCCCGUGUUCUUCGACCGACGACCGCAAACGAUCGACGACCGAAGGGAGAAGUGGUCGACAAGCACCAGCAGCCCGUCAGACUGCCACAAAGAGAGCGUUCAGCAUCAGAUUCAAUAACAAAGGCUAGGACAUCACUUCCCAAACACCAGCCUCGAAUCAUCUCGCCGGGGGAUCCUGCUAUGCGGGUGUCCAACUCGACCGGCAGGGACGUGUUGAUGUCACUCCAGUCGUUGCACCGUGCACUCGAUGUCCGAAGAUAUGAUGAAGCUGUCAGACGACCCAGGUCCGGAUACGGCACGCGCAAAGCCCGGGCUAUAUCGACCUACCCGAGGGUUGACAAAUGGGUUGAUUAUUCGACCCGUCACGGAAUCGCUUAUAUCCUAUCUGACGCCACGGUCGGCAUGAUCCUGAAGUCGUCUGAGGAUAAUUCGAUCCCCAGCAGCUGUGUUGUGAUCAGAGAUGCUAGUAACCAUACGAUCAAACGCGCCAAGGGGCUCGAGUACCAAUUUGUGCCACAAGGUCAAGGGGCUCGUGACGUCGAAUUCUACGAACAAAGCGACUAUGAGGUUGGCAUGAAGCGUCUGGACGUUCCGGCUCGACAGUUUUGGCUGGAUCUCGAAAGACACCCCAGUCAAAUUGCCGCAGCCAACGCGGUUCAGGCUGGGUUGGAGGGCAGCGAAGCCGAGCGCAUGAAAGAGGUUGCGCUUCUGGACAAAUUCGGCAAGUACAUGAACAAGCAGUCGGGGAGCUCUGGUGCAGAAGGCAAAGACAUAGGCAAAAGCGGGCAUUUUGUGCAUUUCUACCAACGAGUAGGGAACGUGGGUGUCUGGCGGUUCGCAGAUGGCGGAUUGCAGUUCAAUUUCCCCGACCAUACCAAGCUUACGGUCCAUCAACAGAACUUGUCUCAAGACGGCAGCCAGCAGUAUGUCGUCGAUUGCGUGUACCUUGUGCCGACCGACGCGACCAAUGUGGCUCGUCAUGGACUCAUCACCGCCGAAGCAAUGGAGCGACGAGAUCAACUUAGUCUGCCGUUGGAGGAUAUCAUGACCGACGUGUUGCGGCGGUCCGAGACGGAGAUCAUCCGGACAAACGAGAUCAAGGAGAAAUUGUGCUGGAUUCGAGCCGUCCUCGGAUGUUGGAUCAAGGAAGGUGGAUUGGGCAGGAUGGGAGAAGAGCGAUUGGGGUGGAGUGGUCUACAGGAACGACGCGACGACAAGAGAAUCAAGUUGCAAUGGGUGACUGUUGGGAGAUACGGGGGGGAUGGGGAUGGGGAUGGACGGAAGCAUUGA